UCUGCCCUUGUGCCGUGGGGGCCGGAUAAAUGGCUUCGAUGGGCCACAUCCGGCCCCCGGGCCUUAGUUUGGGGACCCCUGGUCCAGACUGUGGGCUGUACAAUAAUGAUAAUGAGGAUGUCUGUGAACUGUUGGAAACCAAGGCAUGCAAAGCAAGCAACUAGCUCCUUCUUUGGCAAUGCAUGCUCUCAAUAGGGAGCCCCGCCCCAGAGCCAGGAAGCCUUCCUGCUCAGAAAGGCAUCUUGGGGGAGAAGGAGGUGGCUUAGAGAAAGGGGGCUUAUAGUGCUAGGACAUUGUCUUUAAACCUUUUCUUUCCUCCCUACCCUUCCUCACGGCGGGAGCGAGGCGCCGCCUUGAACGCAAAAACGGCACAAGAAAGCAAGGAUCUUAAAGCAGCGGCGCCCGAAGAGGCGGCGCAAAGCAACCCAAGAAAAACGCACUGAACCCGGAAGUGGGCGCUUCCUUGCCACAGUCUAUGGGCGCCACGCGGAAGCACAGGCAGUGACACUCACAAGGAAAAGAGAAGGCAGGCUCUCCGCUUCCUCUCCUUCUGACGCUUCCCUCCAGAAACGACGAGAAAUGAGCGGAGAUAAAGAGGAACUGCCUUGCGUGAUGACUGAUGCUGGAACAGAAGCUCUUGUGCCCUCAGAAGAGAACAAACGAGCCCAGCAAAAAUUAGCUCCGGAAAGACAAGUUUGCACUAGCCCUGGCAUGAAAACCCUCACAGACAAUACCAAGCGGGUUAAACUCAGUAGUGCUGGUCAGCAAGAAGACAGGCAAGAAAACCCUAGAAUGUCACAGCAAAAGGCAAGAAACAUGACAGGUCCACCUGUUACCACAGAAGAGAGACGGAAAAAAAGUUUUUUUAACAUACAGUUUUCUAAGAAUAAAAAGGAAAAAUGCACUCCACAUGAUAAAACAGCACCAACAUCUACAAGCAUCAGCCACAAAGGGAAAGUCUCAUUGGCUGACAAGGAGGACAGUGCACUUCAGACAAAAAGAGUUCAGACAAAGAGCUCAAAAAUGUCUCAGCCUCACCAAGAUAAUUGCCACAACAGUAGAGGAAAGCUGUCUACGUCGGCCAUCUCUUCCCCAGUGGAAUCCUCUGUGGACUUCGAGGAGGACAUGUAUCGAGAUGCAGAAGACAUAGAGAGAGAGAAAGUGUUACUUGUGUGUGGGACAGGCUCCUCAGAUUUUCUAGAAAAUAAGUUAAGUGUUGAAUCUGAAGUAGACAUCAUGGAUUACUGCCGCAAAGAAUGGAGAGGAAACACAGCCCAAGCCAAAUGUAUACGAAAGGGCUAUGAAGCCGUUUCACAGAGAUUUAUUUCAAUAAGAAGAGUACGAGGGGACAACUAUUGUGCUGUCAGAGCGACGUUGUUUCAAGCACUUAGCCAAGCCACUCAGCUUCCAGACUGGCUCCAGAGAGAGGAGAUCAUAAUGCUACCACAGAAGCUGACCAUAAAAUACGACUGGAUCGGACAAUGGCAACUCAGACAAAAAGCGACCAAUAAUGUCGAAAACUUGGUGGUUGAAAUUGAAGAAUGCUUAAUGCUCCUAAAGAGAAAGUGGAAAAAUAUGACUGAAUUGAAAACCCUUGCAGAGAGGCAAGCUGCUUGUGAUGAGCUUUUUCGAAGUGAAGAUGAUGAGUACAAACUCUAUGAAGCUGUUAAAUUUCUUAUGCUGAACACAGCAAUCAGGCUGUAUGAGGAUAAUGAGAAAGGAAAGGAGGUUCCUGUGUUCGCUUGGCUGCUGUUUGCUAGGGAUACAUCCAGCAAUCCUUCCCAGUUAAUGGAAAACCACUUGAAUCAACUGGGUCACACAGGAGGCCUUGAACAAGUGGAGAUGUUUCUCCUAGCCUAUGCUUUGCAGCACACUAUCCAGGUGUAUCGUCUGUAUAAAUACAGCACAGAUGAAUUCAUCGCCUUUUACCCCAAUGAGCCAGAAGAACACUGGCCAGUAGUAACUCUUAUAACUGAAGAUGACAGACAUUAUAAUAUUCCUGCUCGAAUGUGUAAAGAGACAAGUUUGUAAAAAAAAAAAAAUCAAUGUUUCUCCAGGUGUAAAAAUUGAAUAAACCUUGUAAAUGCA